AUGUCACAAAGAAAUAGGAUCAAGAAUGUAACCGUCGCGCCGGUGGCGUUCCAUGACAUGCCAUUGCUGAACAGCGUCGGAGUGCACGAACCAUUUGCAUUGCGCAGCAUGGUCGAGAUUGUCAUAACGUGUGGAACGUACGGACUAGGCGAGUCAUACGGCGACUCUACGCAUCUGGACCGCCUGCAAAGAGCUGCCGAGCGAAUCGAAGGUCUCUCAGUGUACGACAAAAAUGCUCUUUUCAAGACAUGUGUCGAGUCUCUGACAGACGACGCCGGUAUGGGUGGCGAUGGUAUGGCCGGCAUGGUCACCACGGCAUCUGUUGCUGACAAGGUCUUCUCCCUCUUUGAAGUUGCAUGUCUCGAUAUCCAAGGCAAAGGACAUCCGGGAGACCUAGACGAUGAAUAUGGCCCGGCCCUCGAUGCGGCCGGUCUGGUCAGGCAAGCCCAGAAGAUCAUAAAUGAAUAUGGGUUCCAGGCGAUAAAACUCAAAGGCGGUGUUUUGACACCGGCACAGGAGGUCGAAGCUGUCAGAGCCCUUCUUGCAGCAUUUCCUGGUGUCCCCCUGGGGCUGGAUCCGAAUGCCGCGUGGACGGUUGAGACCUCCAAAUGGGUUGCGAAAGAGCUGGAAGGUAUUGUCGAGUACUUGGACGACCCGGCCGCAGGAAUUGAAGGCAUGGCCAGUGUCGCGAAGGAGGCUCGGAUGCCCCCAGCUACGAAUAUGACCGUGGUCGCCUUCACUCACCUCCCUCUCAGCAUAUCACGCAACGCUGUCCAGGUGAUCUUGUCCGAUCACCACUUUUGGGGCGGCCUGCGCAAGUCUUGGAUACUGGCUGCCAUCUGCGCGACGUGGGGGAUGCGGCUCUCCAUGCAUUCGAACAGCCAUUUGGGCAUCUCGCUCGCCGCCAUGACGCAUCUGGCGUCCGCGACUCCUAAUCUUGAUUACGCCUGCGACACUCAUUGGCCAUGGAAGCGGCGCGAUGAGGACGUCAUUAUCGAUGGCGCUCUGAAGUGGGUGGACGGCGGCGUGGUUCUACCCACCGCGCCUGGGUUAGGUGCCGAACUCGAUAGGGACAAAUUAGCGCGGAUUCACCAGCAGUGUAUCUUGACUGUGGGCUGCGCAAGCGGGACGACACCGCUUACAUGA